GAUAUCAUAGAACUCUACCCAAAAAGUCCAAUCUAACAGUUCUCACAACUUUGAGCCAGGCAUGGCUACUCCAAUUUUCACGCGCAUACCAUGGCGCACAGUCAGUAGGCUGGGAGCAUCAGCAAAACCAGUCUUCUCGAAUGCCUUCAAGACACCACAAUGUGCGGUUGCACCAUUCACAUCACAGUCUGUUAGAUACUCAUCGAAUACACCUGAUGUAACAGAACCCGCUUCUGCAGGAGCAGCCUCGAUAACUCCACCCACAGCAGAACCUGCUACUGAGGAACCGUCCGACGAAGAUAUCUUCAACGUCCGUUACCCCCGUAACGUUCAAGCAAUCUACCUCAAGCCUCUCCGCCGCGAAGCCAAAUAUGGAGUCCCCUCGUGCGAUCUCCAACUCCGAUCUUACAGUAUUCGCAAUUUGGAGUUCUUUUCCGAUUUCGCUCUCCGCGCUGCAUAUUAUCUCAAAUUGCCUGCAUACGGACCUGUACCACUGCCGAGAAUGAUAGAGAGAUGGACUGUGCCGAGAUCGCAUUUCGUUCAUAAGAAGAGUCAAGAGAAUUUUGAGAGAAAAACGUUGAGGAGGUUGAUUCAGAUCAAGGAUGGACACCCAGAAACCGUGAGCUUAUGGUUGGCCUUUUUGAGGAAACAUGCGUACUACGGCAUAGGAAUGAAGGCGAAUGUUUGGGAGUACAAUCAGAUUGGCGUGGGUAAAGCUAUGGAUGCUAGCAUGGAGGAGAUGAAGGAAGUUAUGAAGCCACAGUGGGAGUUGUUUGGUAGGGGACAGAGUACUGAGACUGCGGAUAAGGUUAUGGAGAUUUUGAAUAGGGAAAGCUUCAAAGCGGCUGCGGGAGGUAGCGCCCCUGGUGUGAGGGUCGAGCCAUGAAGUGGGCUAGCUCUAAGGUUAUAAAAGCAUCCAACAAGGAUUUGACGAAUGGAAAAUAGAUAUCAAGAGGGAAUACACAUGGCCACACAUGAACUGUGGAGUUUGGGUCAGGUCUUGAUAUAUUAUAUGUAUAUGUAGAAGUAAAUGAAUCAAGACACUAGCACCAAUGGAUUUUCAUCAAGGCAAUGUCAUUCCGCAUCAGAAUUCA